CUGUUUUCUCAGUUAAUCAACAAUUCAGUGACAUUUCAGUCCUCAGUCAGAACGAAUUGGAACACGAUUGAAUUUUUGAACGCACUGCUGAAAGACUCAUUACGCGUGUCAAUCGCCCGGUCAAGCCUCAAAUAUAUGCGGUACAGGAUGAAAUAGCAGUAAUACCGUAGGUAGGUUUUGUUAUGUUGUGUAAAUACCCGUCAAUCAAACGCGCAGGACUGUAGAGAGAAGAUUGAAAAGAUUCAAAGAGAAGAGUAAAACAAGAGGUCAUUAGUUCGAUAACAGAGCAGUGGAUGAUAAGCAUUUUCUAACUUUCUUAAAUCGGAAAACAAGACUUUGAGGCAUAUUUUGAAUCAGUUCGACUCUUCAACUGAAGAAUUGACUUGACAGUAAUCAACUGUAAAGCGGAGUCAGUAUUGAUGCCAUCGAUAUAUGAAUAAUCAGCUCCAAAUGUCAUUCAACGCAAGAUAGUUUGAAGGGAGCUGAUUGCGAUUCAAGAGGUCGAUAGAUCGCCAUCGCUCCUUACUAGUACACAAGAUAAGGCAUUGUCCUCUGGUGUACGUAAACAAAUUUGUCUCUGUUUACUUUUGGCAACAACUUUUGCCUCAACCAGUUAGAUGGAACUUGCAAGGCGCGCCGUAACGUUGGUAAGAAGCUUUCGACGAUUACCGUCAUUAGCGAUUCGUACCUUGAGAAAGUGUCUACCACUUGUUCCUAUUUGUCUGUUGCUUCUGAUAGUCUUGAGUUUAUGGAUGACACUGAACGAGAUCAACCGAAAGGUGACUCUACUGGCUUCGUCUUCUGUUCUCAGCGAGCCUGAAACGAACGCUGUUAACUUCCUAGACCAAGGCUUCUAUUCACAACAUCAAAUUCUUCGCACAAAAUUACGAACUACUGCCACUUGUCCACCAAAAUCGAUUAUUCUCCUUAUUUUGGUAUCGUCGAAUGUCGGGAAUUUUGAAAGGCGCCAGUUAAUACGGAAAACUUGGGGCGCUGAUCACUCAAUCGAAAGCAAAUGGAAAACAGUUUUCCUAAUGGGAAAGAACAACAUUGAGAGAGAAAUGGAAAACGCUACGGCUGAGGCCAGAGUAUUCGGCGACAUCAUACAAAGCGAUUACCAAGAACACUUUUGGAACAUGAGUUACAAAGUUGCGAUGGGAUUCGAAUGGGCGGUCAAAUAUUGCAAUUUUUAUUUCAUUCUUAAAGCAGAUGACGAUGUAUUUGUAAAUACUCUCGGUCUGGUGAAUUUUCUAAGUAAACAUACAACGCCCAUGAGUAAAUUAUACACUGGUAAUAUCAUGGUUGGCAGUCCUGUUUUGAGAAAUGGAAGAUAUGGUGUUACUCCCGAGGAAUACAAUGAAACCGUUUAUAAGCCAUAUUGUAGCGGAGGAGGUUAUAUUUUGUCACGCGACGUGGUGGAAAAGUUCUUGUGGUAUUUUGACGUUUUGAGGCCUCUUAAAAUCGACGAUGCGUACAUCGGAAUAUUAGCAGCAAAAGCCGGAGUUAAAGUAACUCAUAAUGAACACUUUCGCAUGUACGAGAACAAAUGUGAAUACAGAGAAACUACUUUGGUGCAGCAUCCAGCGCGAGGAGACUGCGUGAUAAUGCUUUACCACAGAAUGAUAGGCUGGAAAAGCAAGAUGAAACAAAAUGAAUAGGGCGACAGAUAGGCCAACUGUGCUCUUCGGUUUCCUCAAACGUUCAAAGGCAGAUAAUAACACUUCCGAUCUCUGAGUUGAAAAAAAAUGUUUCGUCAUGACAAAAGGAAAAACAUAAGAAUUUGUUCAUGCUUAGUGUGCGUAUAUCGAGUCAAGGAUGCACGCGGGAAGUUUGGAACAGGAAAAGAAAAAAAGAGUAGUUUGAGCGACUCCAGCUUCUUUAGUGCUCUCCAAACUUCCCAAGUGCAUCCAUAACUCGAUAUAUGCACUGCUAAAAGCAUGAGCAAAUUCUUUUAUAACAAUGCGACAACAAGGAUCUCGCGAAGAAGUAUUUUGCUGUGAUAGAGUGCAAAAUUCUCACAACACACCAAAAAAGUAAACAAACGACCCUAUUGGCUGGUCAGAAACACGCGACAUUUUUGUAUUCUGGUUUGAGCGAGAACAUUUGAUCCAGUCAACCGAUAACUGUGAAUGAAAUGCUCGAAAUCUACGGGGAAAAUAGAGAAAAUCAAAGCCAAAUGAACGCAAGUGUCACUAAAAAAUGUUUAAAAAGUCAAAGACCCGAAGUUAUCAAGGGUUUUGAUUGUUCAAAAUAAUGUUUACGCCGCUGUGCACGGUGUAAUUGGAGAAGACAGACUGCACGAAGCUUGCAGUUUUCUCCUGUUCCCAGUAAAUGUCUUUCGGCCAAAAUUUGCCGCAGCUGAGCUUCCGACAAAUUUGCGAAACGUGCAACUUGCGUUUUUUUCGGCUUUAUUUUUGUUGCGUGUUGGAUCAGGACCUAAAAGGUCAAUGCUGACGUAUUUGUAAUGUAGCAAUCAGACGUGUUAACAUGUAAUUUUAGUCUAAUUUGCAUUUUGUGGCACGCAACAAAGUUGGAAGAGCUUUGCUAGAAAACCAGGGAAUUUGACUAAAAGACAGAAUUAUAUUGUAUGAAGAUGCUUUUCCAUCUUAAAUGUCACGAGCGAGAACAAAGAGCCACAGACCUUUGGAAUCCGUACUCCGAUGUAAACUCAAUCUCUGGGCCAUCUAAAAUUACGCUUCGACAGUUUUCGAAAUAAUUCAGCGUGGUGUUGUUUAGUUUGAUGUAGAAAAGGCUCAACUCAACUCAGCAAAUAUGUUAGUCUUCAAGUGAUGGGCUCCUGUCCUUUUAACCCAUUGCGAAAAGACCGGCAGUCAUUAUUUAUCGUCUACGGGGAUAAGUAGACAACCUCGCGAGUUCCUCAAGGUUAUUGGGUUUAAGAAUUUAAGCAGCUGAGCUCC